GAGAGAGACAGAGACAGAGUUUUAACAAAUUACAAAACAAAAUAUUGGUUUUGGGUCUCUCUCUCUGUUUUUCUGUGCCCAAAAAGGCAUUUCUGGACAGAGACGAAGAAGAAAUUGAAAAACAAAAGAAAAAAAAAAAACCCAUUUUUUUUUCUCAAUUCGAAUUUUCUCUCACGGAUCGCCAUGGAGUUUGUAGGUAGAACUGUGAAGAAAGAUUUCAAGGGCUUUGGGGUUUUCUCGGGGACCGUGAGAUCCUACGACGUCUCCUCUGGGUUGUUCGAGAUCGUCUAUGACAACGGUGAUUCCGAGGAGCUCGGUAUUUCCCAACUCACUUUGCUCUUACCGGCCCAAGAAGAAGGAGAGGAAGAGGAAGAGGAAGAGGAAGAGGAAGAAGAAGAAGCGCAAGCUCAAGCUCAAGCUCAAGCCCAAGGGUUGUUGGCUGAGGAAAGUUCGCUGCUUGGCCGGAAGCCCAAGAAGCGGCCCCGUAUCGAGCCGGAGAGCGAGGUCGGUGGCGGUGCAGGUAAUGCUAGCGUUAAUUUCGUGACUGAUUUGAAUUCUAAUUGUGAUUUGAGUAAUGGGUUUGGAGGGAAUUUUAGUGGGAAUUCGAAUUCUAACGGUAAUUUAGGUGAUGGGUUUGAGGGGAAUUUGGAAAUGGGAGAUGGGUUUGUAGGGAAGGAGGAGAGAGAGAGAGAGUGUGUGGAGGUUGAUAGGAAUUUGCAUGUUAAUAUUGAAGAAGCACAAACCCUAGGGAAGGGGAGUGGAGGUGGAAUUGGGAUUGGGAUUGGGGAGAAUUUGAAUAGAAAUGAUGUGUUUGAUUUGAAUGCUGGGUUUAAUUUGAAUGAGGAGGUGGAUUUGAAUGGUGAUGGGUUUGAUGAUACCCAUGUUAAGCCUGAGGACAAUGUGAGGAAAAGGGAUUGUAUUGAUUUGAAUUUGGAUGUCAAUGGUGAUUUAGAUGAUGAUUUGGGUGGCGGAAAUUUGGGGGUUUCAUGUUCGGGAACCCAGAAGAGGGAAUGUGAUUUUGAUUUGAAUUUGGAGGUUUGUGAAGAAAUUAAGGAUGCAGAUGGUGAUGGUGGAGUGGUGUUUAAGGCUAGCGACUCUUCUGAGAUUGUUGAAGAAAUUCAAAAGAAAGAUGUUGAAGAAAAAUGUGAGGAAGAUGGUGGAGCAAAUGGGCUUUUGAAGCAAGCUGAUUUAGAUAUCAAUGAGGGCUUAUUGAUGCAGGGUAUUAGUGGGUCCCUUGACCCUGCGGUCGCAGAUGCAUCUUUAGGGUUGGUUGGACUUGAGAAGGAAAAUAGUGUUGAGGGUUGUAGUUCUGUGGAAGUUCAGUUGAAGGACGGUGUUUCUGAGGCUGGUGCUACAGUUGUUCAUGGGGACCAAGGCAACUUAGGAAGUCCAUGCAAACAAGGAAGUAGCCGGAGAAAGAGAAGAAGAAAAUCAGAUAAUUUGAAAUCCAUGACAGAGACAGUUUUGAGAAGAAGUGCUCGUAGAGGGUCUGCUCAGAAUCGUGUUUCGAUGACUUCAUGUGCUGCUGAUGAUACACCGUCCCCUGCAGUUAGUGCAGUAACAGAGGAAGUGCCGGUGAUUUCAGGUUGCGAAGCAUCUGAAAAGAUCAGUGCUCUUCCCUUAAAGCCGCAAUUACCCCCUUCAUCACAAAAUUUGAAUUUAGAUGAAAUUCCUAUUCCUGACCUCUUUUCUGUCUAUGCCUGUUUAAGAUCAUUUAGUAGUUUAUUAUUUCUGAGUCCCUUUGAGCUGGAGGAUUUUGUAGCAGUAUUGAAGAGCAAGUCUCCUAGUACAUUGUUUGAUUGCAUUCAUGUUUCUAUUUUGCAAACUCUGCGGAAGCAUUUGGAGAACCUUUCGAAUGAAGGUUCUGAAUCUGCUUCUAAUUGCCUGAGGAGUCUUAACUGGGAUUUGUUAGACUUAAUUACGUGGCCGAUUUUUAUGGCUGAGUACCUACUGAUUCAUGGUUCGGGAUUGAAGCCGGGUUUUAAUAUUAGUCACUUAAAGCUAUUUAAAAGUGACUACUACAAACAACCUGCCGCCGUAAAGGUUGAGAUACUUCGAUGUCUGUGUGAUGAUAUGAUUGAAGUGGAAGUCAUAAGGUCUGAACUUAAUAGAAGAUCUUUGGCAGCUGAUCCUGACAUGGUUUUUGAUCGGAGUACAAACCUUGGGAUUAACAAGAAAAGGAAACUUACAGUAGAUGAUUCUGGUGGCUCUUGUUUGAGCAAGGAGGUUGGUGAGGAUGCCACUGACUGGAAUAGCGAUGAAUGCUGCCUUUGUAAGAUGGAUGGAAGUUUAAUAUGCUGUGAUGGGUGUCCUGCUGCAUACCAUUCAAAGUGUGUGGGAAUUGCUAGUGAUCUUUUGCCUGAGGGUGACUGGUACUGCCCUGAGUGUGCCAUCGACAGACAUAAGCCUUGGAUGAAACCACGCAAGUCACUUCGAGGAGCAGAGUUACUGGGAAUUGAUCCUCAUGGUCGGCUAUAUUUUAGCAGCUGUGGUUACUUGUUGGUGUCAGAGUCAUGUGACACUGAAUCCUCAUUCAGUUACUACCAUAGAAAUGAUUUGGAUGUUGUAAUUGAAGUGCUAAAGGAGUCAGAUAUUUCCUAUGGUGCCAUAUUAAUGGCUAUUUACAAGCAGUGGGUUAUCCCCCUCAGUUUGAAUGGGGCUAGUAAUUUGGACCUGCUGAACCAUUCUGUAUACUCAGACAUUCUUAUGAAGGGACAUAGCCCAGCUAUUUUAAUGACCUCGGCACCAUUGACAUCUUCAAAAACAAAUACUGUGAAGAAUGAAACUGAUGAUGCAAGAAAAGUUAAAGAAAACUGUAAUAGCGGAUGUUCUGUGAACUUGUUAAAUUCCAUGACUGCAACAGAAAGUCCACAUAUGAAUCCAGAAGGAUCAGCUGGAGCCACACAAAUGAGUGUAGACAUUCAGAAUUUUCAAAAUCAUGGGCCCCAUGAUUCAAAUAGAUCUGAAAAACCACGAAGAUGCCGACUUUCUAGAGGCUGUCCUUUGACAUCUACAAGCGUAGAUGUCAAACGAGAAAAUAAUAUGGAAGCUGCAGAUCCUGGCCAUUCCUCAUCUACUAUAACUACUAGAAAGAGAGAGAGAUCCCCUAUGAAUUGUGGGAUUGGUUACAUGAACUAUUACAGUUUUGCUCAAACUGCCUCAUCUGUUGCAGAGGAGUUGAUGCCUAAAUCAUCGGACAAAAUCAAUGAAAACGCUAUUAUAACAGAGGAGGAUAUAAUUGCAGCACAGAUGAAGGCCAUUGUGAAGAAAUCUACCAAGUUUGGUUGGGCAAAUACUCAGAACCUAGAUGUAGAUGCAAGGAAAGAGAAGUGUGGGUGGUGCUUUUCAUGUAGAGUUCCAACUGAUGACAGAGAUUGCUUGUUUAACAUGUAUUUAGGAACUUUUUGGGAAGGUUCUAAAAGUGAUGUGGUUGGGCAUCAAUCAAAAAAGAAUAGGAAAAGCCAUCUUAUAGAUGUCAUCUGUCAUAUUCUUUCUGUUGAAGAUCGUCUGCAUGGGCUUUUGUUGGGUCCAUGGCUGAAUCCACAUUUUACCAAGUACUGGCAAAAAAGUAUUCUGAAGGCAUCUGAUGUGGGGUCUGUUAAACAUUUAUUGCUCACAUUGGAGUCAAAUUUGCGUCCUCUUGCACUCUCAACUGAAUGGUCAAGACAUGUGGAUUCUGUUGCUACUGUGGGUUCAGCUGCACAUGUUGUCAUUAGUUCAUCACGGGCAUCCUCAAAACAUGGUAUUAACCGGAAAAGGGUUAGGUCUUCAGAACCUGAGUCGAAUCCUUCUUCAAAUGCUGCUAGUGGAUUGGGUAUAUUAUGGUGGAGAGGUGGUAGGCUUUCUCGUAAAGUGUUUAAUUGGAAGGUUCUUCCUCGCUCCUUGGCAUCAAAGGCAGCCAGACAAGCUGGGUGUGUAAAGAUACCGGGCAUAUUAUAUCCUGAGAAUUCAGAAUAUGCAAAGAGAAGCAGAUAUGUUGCUUGGCGAUCUGCUGUUGAGACAGCAACAAGUGUAGAGCAGCUUGCUUUCCAGGUUAGAGAGUUUGAUUCAAACAUUAAGUGGGAUAACAUUGAAAACACACUCCCUCUCCCUGCAUUGGACAAGGAAACUAUUAAAUCAAUCAGAUUGUUCAAGAAAGUUAUUAUCCGAAGGAAGAGCACUGAAGGGGAAGUGGUAAAAUAUCUUCUUGAUUUUGGCAAGAGAAGAGUUAUCCCUGGCAUUGUUAAAAGGCAUGGGUCCCCUCUGGAAGAUUCCUCUAGUGAAAGGAAGAGAUAUUGGUUGGCUGAAUCUUAUGUUCCCAUGUAUCUCUUGAAAAAUUUUGAGGAGAAAAGAAUUGCCCGCAAAUCUAAUGAGAUGAAAUCUAGGAAACUUCCCGAGGUUGGUAGAGUAACAAAUAGACGCCUCCAGAAAAGGGGAUUUUCGUAUUUGUUUUCCAAGGCAGAAAGAUCUGAGUAUCAUCAGUGUGGGCACUGCAAUAAAGAUGUCCUGAUCAGGGAAGCUGUGAGCUGCCAGCAUUGUAAAGGAUUUUUUCAUAAAAGGCAUGUCAGGAAAUCUGCUGGGGCCAUCACUGCUGAAUGUACAUACACAUGCCACCGAUGCCAGAAUGGGAUGUCUACCAAGGUUGUUGCAAAAAGAGGGAAAACUGGCACCAAAGGAGGGAAAUUACAGACACAAAAGCGGAAAAAAGCCUCCAAAGUUAGCAGACCAGUGCGACUAAAAAGUAGAAAAAAAGUAACAAAGGUUGUACAAGUACGAUCUAAAAAUAGUAAAAAAGUUCCAGCUUCUGUACCUCUGCGUCGUUCACCAAGGAAAGCUAAAGGCUUGUCAUUACAAAAUAAAAAACUUGAACAACGCAAGAAAGGGAAAAAGAUUAAAUCCAAAAAGACGACAUUUCAGAAACCGAAAAGAACAGCUUCUUGGCGGAAGAAAAGAACUCAUAUUUACCAUAGUUACUGGCUUAAUGGUCUCCGGUUGUCUAGAAAGCCGAAUGAUGAACGAGUGACUCAUUUUAGGGAGAAAAAUAUUCAUUCCUCUUCUGAGAAUUUGUCUGUAACUCUUGGUCAGCCCAAAUGCCUUAUUUGUUGUGAAGCAAGAUGUUCAUCUACACUAAAUUAUAUUGCUUGUGAAAUUUGUAAAGAGUGGUUUCAUGAAGAUGCUCUUGGACUCACUCCAGAGAACAUUGAUAGACUUAUCGGAUUUAGGUGCCACAUAUGUUGCAAAAGAACCCCUCCUGUCUGCCCCCAUGUGCUAGAUGUGAAGAGUGAUGUGUCCCAGUUGGUUGAGGCCCAAAGUAAUGAUGUGGUCGAAUGUAAUGAUGAAGUUUCUAAUACUGUCCCACCAUUGAGCGAGAUUGCUUGCAAUUGAAUUCUCUUGGUAUUCAGUGGGGAAUACCUCUACAUAUUUGGACUCAGUUUCAUUUUUUCUUUUGUAAAGAGGGAUGCUUGUUAUUUUAUUGAGAUAUCCUUUGGAUAAAAACAGUGAAGGAAUGGAUAAUUAUGAGCGGGUUUCAAAAGAUUCAACUGCAGAUAGCUAGAGAGAGUUUCAGACGAUUCAACUGCAGAUAGCUAGAGAUCUUCAGCUAAGAAGAACUCUUUGUUCUAGGAAAAGAAACAUUGAAUGUGCUAGUGGGCAAAGCAGUGUAACCAAGCAGAAGGUUGCGGGGCAGCAAAGCAGUGCAUUGAAAACCAUUACAAGUGGGGAAAUGAAUCUGCUUUAGAAAGGAAGGAGAGGUUUUCAGUGAUCUUCAGAAAAGAGCUAUCAAUGAUAUUAAGUCAAAGAAGGCCUAAAAGGCCGGGUGCCACCACCAGAUGCUGGGUAUCCUGUUCGGCCCUAAGUUAUUCCUGAUGGGUAUUGUCCAAAAUUGUUACAUUCAAAUCCUAGAACAUUUUUAACAUUCUUUAUCUUGUUGGGAGGGGUUUUGGUAAAUACUGACUUGGAAGAGUGACUUGGUUUAGUUUUAGUUCAAAUUUGAGGCUAACAAUUGAUUGGGAAAAAAAAUUAAAGGUAAAGAUAGAAUUAGUUCAUUUAAGGAUGUUAGAUAUUUCUGAUCAAUUACUGGAUAUUCUUGUUCUUACCCAGCAACAUCAAUCAUCAUAGUGCUUCAGUUUAGAAGCUUUAGAUUAUUCUCAGAAAAUGAAUACCUGUCUUCCAAGCU